UCUUCUGAUCACCCAGUCAGAUAUAUUUGAUAGCGUAGAUUCCAUCACCUGUACCACAAUUGACGGCUCCAACUUAUCACAUGACCAACUGGCCACAUUCUACCCGCAGUUAAUGAAGAGCUGUGUCUCACAGUAAAUUUUCAUUGGAACUCUCGUUACGUUUUUUGUCGUUCUCGCCACUGUCUUGUUAUGGGCUAUGUUUUACUAUAACAGAUGGAAACUUGCUUACCUCUAUUACAUUGGUUCAAAGAAACUUCACAUUGGCGAUGUUCUUCUGACGUAUAAACCAGUUGCAGAUGUUUUUAUAGUAUAUGAACAAGAACCAGAGUACAUUCGACUUGCGAGAAAGAACUUCUUUCCUCGGCUAAAUGAGAACCACGUCACAUUUAUAAACGGCGAGGACGACUUCCCAGCUGGCCCACAACAAAACAACAUAGCUGGCGCCAUUGCCGGUACAAGAAAGACUCUCAUCCUACUCUCGCGAGAUAUCUUUGAAGACAGGAACCGGGAACUCGAGAUGAACCUGGCCAUCAUGCACGAAAUGAAUUGUUCUGAUAGGAUCAUCGUGCCUGUUUUUGUGGGUCAAUUUCAGGUCAACAUCUGGCCCGUAGAGAUCGUGACCUAUUUCAGAAACCAGAAUCACCGUUGUUUGUUGUAUGAGGACACGGAAGAGUUUUGGGAAAUGUUGAUGUCAAAUUUAAAAGAUAGUAAAUUAAAAUAAAGAAAAAAUAAUUGUAU